UCAAACGUUCACAUCAACAACGUCCAAUUGUCACCGGCUAUUACUGGACAGCCGAUACUCUGGGCUACGAAGAAAGAUGUCAUCCAUCUAUAAUCUCGAGCCGCAGCCUACGGCUUCGCUGAUUCUUAAUACAACACAAGGCGACUUGUCAGUUGAACUCUUCGCAAAACAGACCCCACUCACAUCGCGAAAUUUCCUCCAGCUAUGUCUAGACGGAUACUACGAUAACACGAUAUUUCAUCGACUAGUCCCUGGGUUCAUCAUACAAGGAGGAGAUCCAACUGGGACAGGCAACGGAGGCGAGUCCAUAUACGAUGGCGGCGCGUACAGCGGAGAUCUGGAUCCGUGGCCCAUGGACCAGCGUCGCGGGCAAAAUGCUGGACCGACAGGCAUAAAUUUUAAAGAUGAAUUUCAUUCACGAUUGAAGUUCAACCGUAGAGGAUUGCUGGGUAUGGCGAACGAAAGCAAACCAGACACCAACGCCAGCCAAUUCUUUUUUACCUUGGACAAGGCAGAGGAGCUGAACAACAAAAAUACAGUAUUCGGGAGGAUAGUGGGUGAUACAAUCUAUAAUCUAGCACGCAUAGGCGACGGAGAGGUAGCAGAAGGAACUGAUCGACCUCUCUACCCAGUCAAAAUUACGGGUGUCGAAAUUCUAGUUAACCCUUUUGAUGACAUGAAGAAACGAGAACGGAUAGCGAAACGCACACACGAAACAUCCUCGACCGGAAAGAAAAAGAAAGUGAAAUCUAAGGCAGGGAAAAAAUUGUUAAGUUUUGGUGAUGAAGAGGGUGAUGACGACGCACCAGUCCUAAAAAAGGCAAAGUUUGACUCUCGAAUUGUUAUGGAUGUGGACGAGGAACCGACGCCUACACUCAAGCCGCCCAAGACAAGCACCAAGAAGGAGAAUAAGACUGCCAAGUCAAUCCCAGUCCGCGAGCUUCAGACUGACACAAAAUCGGAAGCAAACCCGCCUCCUCCACCAGCUAAGAGUAAACCUGACCCCGUCCAAUAUGAAUCAUCUCCAGAGCCGGAACCCAAGAAGUCUGCAUUAGAGCGAGCCAACGAGGAGAUAGCAGCAUUGAAAGCGUCUAUGAAACGGACAAUACACUCUGAGCCAGUCCAAGAGGUUAAGAAGACAGCAUUCGAACAAUUGAUCCCAGAGACUUCUACCCGUGGUCGGAAAAGAAGACGAGGCGGCGAGGGAGUUGCUGAAAAUAAUGAUCUAUUAUUACUCCAGGCCUUCCGCUCCAAGCUUGGCCAAGCAGGGCCUGAGAAAGAGCAACCAAAUGUUCCCGCGGGUGAAGAUAGCGUAGACCAAGGUUUAGGUGAUCAAGAUGAGGAAGCGGAACUCUGCGAUUUACAUUUUAUUGCCAACUGUCAAAGUUGCAAUUCUUGGGACAAGGCCGAGAACGAAGACAGCGAUGAUGAGGGAUGGAUGUCACAUUCUCUCAGUUUUGCAGCUGAUAAGCUUGGUAAAGAUCUAUCAUACCGAAAGAAGGCUGAGGAGGAAUUGGUUGUCAUUGAUCCACGAGAGAAGGCCCGGACGCUCAAGGAGGAAAAGAGAGCUCAAAGAGAGGCACAGUCUGGAAACUCGGGCAGAGAAUGGGAUCAAGCAAGAAAUGCUAAAUUGGCAAGAGCAUCGGCUCUCGCUGGCAGAGGAGCCAAAUAAUACCUACCUUUGCUAGAAACCUUUCAUGUUGCUUAAAAAUCUGAAAUGACCAUGAUACCCUAGGUAGAUUAUGCUACCGACUUUUGAUAUUGAACAUUGAAGCAACUUCUGAAGACAUGUGCAUUCCUAUCAAGUGUACACAAAUACUAUGGGGUAUACCUACCUAGUAUUGGCAGUUCUAUCU